GUUGGCAGUUGUACUAACAGAUUGACAGACGUACUCGUCGCGAACUGACCCCUUCGUAGUGAUUUAGUUAUCUCUCUAUCGACGCCUCGCCAACUCCUAUAACUUGGAUCGUAAUAAAAAGAAAGAGGAAAAAAAGUGUUACCGGAAGUGUUGUAUCAAAAGGUAACGCGAAUUCUACGCUGAAUGAGCUCCUGCCGGUUUGAAAUCGUCUCGAGACGAGAUAUUAUGAUUAGCUCACAAGUGAGCGUAGAACCUAGCCCCGCCGACGAGCAGCAGCAGAUCAGCACAGAUUCAGCAGAAAGACUUCGCCGAGAUCCAGCAGCCCGCAAAAACAAGAUCAGUCUAAUAUCGAACGAAGCCCAUCGUCGAGCACGAAGAUUUCUCAUCUAACUCUAUUACAAAGCCAAAUUCACCCAACUGCGCCGACAUCGUAGAAUGGUAGAGAGUGAACUUAAUUCAAAGCACAAUCAUAAGUGUGAUGUAAAAGACGAGCGGCUAAACGGCUGUGGCUCUAAGGAUCUCGAACUUGCCCGUAUUGGAACAACGGGCAAGACCCUAGAUCCAGAGAAAGGAUCCAUCGUUAAAGCAGACUUUGAGAAGGCCAUUGAACUUACCGACUAUGGCAAAUUUCACUACUUCCUCCUCACGGUGUGCGGCUUCGUCAGCACCAGCGAGGAGAUGGACGUAAUCUCUAUGUCCUUCAUUCUACCUAGUGCACAAUGUGACCUAAAGCUCGAUACCCAAGCCAAGGGAUGGCUCAAUUCGAUCAUCUUUAUCGGUAUGAUGGCGGGUGCUUACGCCUGGGGCUCCGUAGCGGAUGCCUUAGGUCGUCGAAAGGUUCUCAUCGCCAUCUCCUUCACGAAUGCCCUUUGCAUCGUUGCCUCCAGCUUCAGCCAGUCCUAUGAACUUUUCAUGUUCUUCCGUUUCUUAAAUGGCGCUGCACUUGGUGGCAGCGGACCUGUGAUCUGGUCAUAUUUCGCUGAAUUUCAACCAAAGGCAAAACGAGGCUCCAUGCUGUCCUUCAUGGCUGCAUUCUGGACACUUGGAAACCUCUUUGUUGCUGGUUUAGCAUGGUCGAUCAUCCCUAACGACAUCGGUAUCGUAAGCUCAUCGUUCACGUACAAUUCUUGGCGAAUCUUCCUGCUGAUCUGCGCUGCUCCAUCGUUUAUCGUCGCGGGGCUACUCCUGCUGCUCCCUGAAUCCCCCAAAUACCUCUUGUCCUGCGGAAGAUACGAAGAAGCACUCGAUAUUUUCCGUGGGAUCUAUGCCAUUAACACUGGCAAACCGCGUGAUAGUUACACGGUAAAGGAAUUAAUUUUGGAUGACUUCCAAGAACCGGAACCGAAGAAGAAUACCGUCGAAAAAAACAAAUAUAAAACAAUGCUCGCUGACAUCGUAGACAACAGCAAACAACUGUUCGUCUCACCGAUACUUCGUUUCACCGUAAUAUCGAUCAUCAUCAAUUUCACUUUUCACAUCGGUUAUUACGGUCUCAUGAUGUGGUUUCCGGAAUUAUUCAAUCGUUUCGACGAAUUCCAUCGUGAUCAUCCUGAUGAAGUUGCUUCGAUAUGUCAAGUGACCGAAUAUGUAGUUCAAAAAGGUUCUCAAAGUAUCGAGAAUUAUUGCUUGGAUAAAAUUGGCGCUUCCGUUUUUAUGGAAUCGUUGAUUACCGUUGCAUCCGCCAUACCCGCAAAUAUCGUCGCUGUUUUAGGAAUGGAUCGUCUUGGUCGUAAAUUCUUUUUAGUGUUCAGUACAUUUUCAUCAGGACUCUGUUCAAUCGGACUGUAUUUCGUAUACAACAAGCACCAUAAUCUGAUCGUUUCGGCAAUCUUUAGCGGUGUGAUAAGCUGCGGAAACGCAGCCUUAGACUGUCUAAUAACCGAAGUUUUCCCGACGCCACUUCGCGCUACAGGAAUUGCUAUUUCCAUGGUCGCGGCACGUCUCGGUGGAAUUAUUGGUAACAUCGUGAUAGCUCAACUUCUGGACAUGUAUUGUCCAGCACCAACUUUUAUCGUUGCUGCUCUUCUAAUAGGUGGAGGAUUAUUGUGCUUAUUCUUACCAAACACAACACGAGAACCACUUUCUUGACACCAGUGGAAAGUUACAUCAGACCAAUUAAAUCAAUGUACAAUCAUACACGUACCCUUCCAAUUGCUAAACUUACCAUAUUUCAAAACAACACAUUGUAUGUUCAUGCAUUUGUUCGCAUUUACUCAUGAAACGAUUCAUUGUAAACAACGUAUGUCGUGACGAUUGAGCAUCACAUUCCUAUUUUACAUAUCAAUCUCGAAUGAUAAUAAACAAAGUUGUAUUAACAAUUAGAAUUCGUAGUAGAUAGUAGAGGAUAUGUUUUUCAAGAAUAAAUGAAACACGAAUGCACAAUUUCCUACAGUAUCUUUCUUUGUAGAAAAACAAAGAUAUAUUAUUUCUAUUAUAUGUUCAAAUAUUAGAAAUAUCGUGACACUCUAAUCGUGUGUGAAUUUUGUGUAUUGUUCGCUAAACGUGAAAUGUAGAUACAGCAUUUACGCUGAUAAUUCAUGUGGUGUUUGUAAAA